AUGGAAACUAUAAUUCUCCCGACGGUGAACGGAAUGGCAGCAGAGGGUUGCAAGUUUGUAGGGGUUUUGUAUGCUGGGUUGAUGAUUGAGAAGAACUCUGGCUUACCUAAGCUAAUUGAGUACAAUGUACGCUUUGGUGAUCCUGAGUGUCAGCUUGCUGUUCUGGUAAUCACAAUUCUGUGCAAAGCUGCUGUUACAUAUCUGAUUGUCACUGCUGCAUGUAUUGAUAACCGCAUCUUGAUGGGGAAUAGUUUGGGCCAGAAUAUUACUGUGUCAGUGUUGAUGGUCCGGUUGGAAUCAGACCUAGCACAAGUUCUACUUGCAGCUAGUAGAGGAGAGCUAAGUGGAGUAUCCCUGAAAUGGUGUCCAGGGUCUGCCAUGGUGGUUGUUAUGGCAAGCAAGGGGUACCCUGGGUCCUAUGAAAAGGGGAAUGUGAUUCGAAACCUAGAGGAGGCUGAGGAUGUUGCUCCAACAGUUAAGAUAUUCCAUGCUGGAACAGCUGUGGACUCAGAUGGCAACUUGAUUGCUACCGGGGGACGAGUUCUUGGGGUCACUGCCACCGGAAGAGAUCUUGAAGAGGCACGGGACCGAACUUAUCAAGCAGUUGAGGAAGUCAACUGGCCAGGAGGGUUCUACCGGCGAGAUAUUGGGUGGAGAGCGCUUCCCCAGAAACAAUUGGCUCCAAAAAAUAAACUGACGUCAAGAAAAUGA